GAUUUCGAGGAAACAAGUGGCUUCUGGUGCUCUGAAAAUUUUCUGGCUUUUUGGUGAAAAAAGAAUUUGGACUUGUUGGAAAGAGUUGGUGCGUUGUGGAUACACGUGACUGGAAUAAAGUUACAAGUGAUUUGAGGAAUUUGAAAAAGUCCGUGUGAAGAAUGACGAUGGACAUUCGACAGUCCCGGUUGAACGUGAAAAUCAACGGACAUAGUGCACCAAGUGGUGGUUGUGAAAGUGCUGCCGUCGAUAUGGCACAAACCAAGCUGGACGGUUUCCGGUCCGGGAAGAACUCAUCUGCUAAGAGAUCCUUCGAUGUGGCGUUCUUGAUGAUGCCGGAUGAGAAGCUCAAAACUAAACAGGUCAAGAGGAUUCACUCGCCGACGAUCGACGUCGAGAGUGACUCAACGCAGUCGACCCGUUCGGAAGAUUUGUCAGUGAAGAAUGGAUUCAGCCCAAUUCGUCCCGCUGAGGAGCGUAACUUCAAUUUUGACCUGCUCAGCCGUCCUCGACCACACGACGGAAGUCCUCACCUGAUCCAUGAUCUUACGGCCAACGAACGACUAUCGUACAUGCUUCCCGGUGCUCGAUUCUACGAAAACUCCAGCCUGAUGGCCAUCCGGGAGAAGGCCGCCGGAAACUUCCUCGAUGCGGACCUUCCCCGGAGUGCCUUCUCCAAAGUGACCAGCAUCACCGUCUCGGGCUCUCCAAUCCCACCGCUCAGCCCAGACCAGCAGAGCUGUCCGUCAACGAGUCCCCCGAUCUCCAUCAGUCCCGGAGCCCCAACCGGCUUCCGAUACGACCUCCCGUUCGUCAACCUCUCCAACCCAACGGACUUCAGCCGUCAAUCGUCCCCCAAACAAUCCUCCAAACCUCUCCUCUACCGAGGACCUCAAAUGCCGGACCCCGAAACCAUCCCCCAAGGCUACUUCCCCUCGCCCCCCUUCAUGCCAUUCGCCGCCGCGGCCUCCGCAGCCAACGGCCCCGAAAUGGACGGAAUGAUGCGGAACCCGGCGGCCGCCGCCAUCCUCUCGACGCUCCUGCCAACCGCGAUGACCUCGUUCACCCUGUCGGCCCAGAACACCUGUGCCAAGUGCAACAUCAGCUUCCGAAUGACCAGCGACCUGGUGUACCACAUGCGGUCCCACCACAAGAACGAACACCAGCAGGAUCCGCACCGGCGGAAGCGCGAGGAGAAGCUCAAGUGUCCGGUGUGCAACGAGAGCUUCCGCGAGCGGCACCACCUGACGCGCCACAUGACGGCCCACCAGGACAAGGCGGGCGAUCUGUUGGAUCCGAAGAAGCGGAGCAGUGCGGCGGAACAGAGGGCGCACCAACAGCAGCAGCAGCAGCAGCAUCAUCAUGGGAGAUCGUAAGGUGAAAUUUAAGCGUUGUUGGAAGGCAAUUUAUGAAACCGGCUAGUCAACCCUAGGAAAGAGAGUUAGUUAGAUGCAGGUUCGAAUAAGAUUUAACAUUGUUGAAUGAUCUGAUGAGGGUGGUUUAAAGUUUUUAUUGAUUUGUUUUUGAAAUGUUUAAACCAGAAACUCUGAGUGAUGAGAAAUGUAUAAGUUAACUAUGAAGUUGAUGAGGCAAUAACAAAAUUUAUCAUAACUUUUCGUCAUUUGGCAAAUAAAUAUGUCUUUUUCCAAUCUGAUUUAAAAAAAAACUCAUGAAAAGUAAUAAAAAUGAAGCAAUAUGAUUUGAAAUUUGAUGCUUUACUUUAAAAACUAUUACUUAUUGAUACAAGGCUGAAAAGUUGAAAAUAACCGGUAAUGUAAGUAGUUCCACAAUGGAAUUGCAAAAAGGGCAACCUGGGCAGACAGUAAUAACAAAAUUCACGCCAUUUC